AUGAUAUUCAACAGAACUUUGGCGAACUGCUUGCUGGAAGAUGUUGGAGAAAAUAUGUUUUCAGGACUCACCAAUUUGAGAUGGUUGACGAUAACUGGAAACAAUAUAAGGACCUUGAAAAGAGGAGCAUUUCGGGGAAUCAGUUGUCCAAAAAAUGAAACAUCACUUUGGCUGGAACUUAACAAUUGGACUUCUGACAUCGAAGACGGGGCUUUUGAAGGCGUUAGUGGUCUUGCUAAACUAGGUCUAGAUGGGAAUCAGUUAUCCUCCUUCCCUAACCUAACAGGAUUUCCAGAAUUCAUUGAUUUGACUUUGCGUAAAAAUGACAUCGUAGAUACCUCUUUGCUGACGCAGUCUGGAAUCAAACAAAUAGAAAACCUGUUGCUCAGCAACAACCAAAUUUCAGUGAUUCCUGAGGAUUUAGGCAGACACAUUAGUAUCCGUACUUUGGAUCUUUCAAGCAACAGAAUCAAGGAAAUCCCCCCUCGAUUUCUCGAAAAUCCAAAAACACCUCAGAUCACAAAUAAUUUAUAUUUGUACGACAACGAAAUCGAGUUUGUUCACAGUGAAAGUUUUGCAGGUUUACCAAACCUCAAGACAUUGUACUUAUUCAAUAACAACAUUCGUCAUUUACCCGAUGGAGUAUUUUCAAAUCUCUCUCCUGACUAUCUUGACCAAACUUCGAGUUUUUCAAGGCUUAGCCAAACUUAGUCUCCAUGACCAGGUAAAAUGCAUUGAUAAGCGUUGGGAC